AUGGCAGAGGGAUUCCUUCAACAACCAGAUGUUGGCAAUGAAUGUUUCAAUAUCUUAUUGUGGAAUUCCUUUUUCCAAGAUGUGGAGAAGGAUGCUUACGGAGAUAUAAAGACAUGUAAGAUGCAUGAUCUUGUACAUGAUCUUGCACAAGUUGUUGGAAAGCUUGACUAUUCCACUAUGCAUCAAGCCAGUAAUGUGGGAGACAUUUCUGAUGAAGUUCGUGGUUUGUUUGUUUUUCCUGAUCGUGAAUAUGAUGAGGGAACAUUAAUUGAAAUUCCAAAAGCUUUGGAGAAGGCAAAGAAAUUGCGAACAUUAAUAUUGUCAUCAUCAAGCUUGAUCUCAAAUGACAUGUUGAUGAACUUUCAGAGGUUGCAUGUGUUGAGCAUACAAAAUUGCAAGUUGAAAGAGGUGCCGCCUUCAAUAAGAAAAUUGAAACAUUUAAGGUACCUUGACCUCUCAGAUAAUCCAAUUGAAGUGUUGCCUCAGUCUGUCACUACCCUUUACAAUUUGCAGACGUUAAAACUCAAUUAUUGCGAUGAUCUCAAAGAGCUUCCCAAGGAAAUGAGAAAGAUGGUUAGCCUGAGACAUGUUGAAUUUAAAUGGAGAAACAAAUGCACUAAGAUGCCAAUUGAGAUGGGGAGAUUGACAGAUCUACAAACAUUAACAUAUUUUAUAGUAGGCAAAGAUGGAAGACGCAAGAUUAAACAAUUCAAGUACUUGAACAAUCUAAGAGGAGAACUGACUAUAAAGGGUUUGGAGAACGUAACAAGUGGAAUAGAAGAAGCCAGGGAGGCAAAUCUGAGAGGGAAGCCAGAUGUUCGUGAUUUAACAUUAGAGUGGGGGCAUUCUAGGAAUACUACUCCUGGCAUAUUAAUGAAUGAUGAUGAUGAUGCUGUGUUAGAAGGCCUAGAACCUCAUCCAAACUUGAAAAGGUUUUCGCUCCUAAACUUUGGCGGUGCAAAAUAUCCUACAUGGAUGGCAAUAAGUGGUUUGUCAACAUAUAAAAAUUUGAUUGAGUUUGAACUCAACGAUUGCUGUGGUUUGGAAUAUGUCCCAACGUUAGGGGAGCUACCAUGUUUGAGGGUUCUUAUGUUAAUGGGAAUGGAAAAGGUGAAAUGUAUUGGUCAGGAAUUCUAUUAUAGCAGCAACAACAGUGGUAGUACUGGAGCAACUUCUUCUUCUUCUUCUUCUUCUUCUUCUUCUUCAAGGACGACGGUGGUAGCAUUUCCUUCACUUAAGGAACUAUAUUUAUAUAAUAUGUGUAAUUUGGUUGAAUGGUCGGAAGUAAAAAACUCCUUUCCAUCUCUUGAGGUGUUGUCGGUCACCUCAUGCCCUGAGUUGAAAAUCACGCCAAGUGGAUUCCCUUCCCUCAAAACCUUGUGGCUUGAAGUAACAAAUGAGAUGGCACUAAAGUCACUGUCAAGCAACCUUCUCUCUCUCAACUUUAUUGAUAUUCAUUUUUGUCAAGACCUCAAGUCUGUGCCAGGGAGGUUGCUACAGAACCAUGCAAAUUUUCUUGAGACCAUGAGCUUUUGCAAUUGCCCUGAGCUUUAA